GUGUUUGUGUGUUCAUAUAUAUGUGUGUGUGCGCAGGGAGAUAUCGCUGAAAAAAAGAACCGGAAGAGAAGAUAGAGCAGCGCAUUCUCUGACACACUUUCUGGAUCUCCAGCUGUUACAAGUUCCUCUUCUGUCCGUAACCGAAGGUCCCUCUCAUGGGCAAAGUGAAGGGCAAGUCUGGGCCCUUGGCUCGGAGGCCAGACAACUCCGCUUUCAAACAGCAGAGGUUACCUGCAUGGUCUCCCAUGCUAACAGCGAACACUGUGCUGCCCUUCUUCUACUUAAUGGCUUUGAUAUGUAUGCUGCUGGGAGUAUGGCUGCUUCUUACAGUGCAGAGCACACAGGAAAUAAAGCUGGACUACACAGAGGCGGGGACAUGUGACAUAUGUUUUGAAAAGCGUAAAAAUGUGAGCAAUGCAGCCCAAACCUGCACCUGCACAGUUGUGUUUCCCAUUAAGAAAGCAUUGAAGGGAGAUGUCUUUUUCUACUAUGGCCUCCAAAACUUCCAUCAGAACCUCCGCAGAUACAUGGACUCCAGAGAUGACGGACAGAUGGUUGGUAGGAAGACAAACUUAAAGAACCCGAGUUCAUACUGCGAGCCAUUUACGAAAAACCAAAAUGGUCUCCCCAUUGCCCCCUGUGGGGCUGUGGCCAACAGCAUCUUCAAUGACUCCUUCACUCUGACCUACCAUGGUUCCAGUGGUCCUUCAAUUCGGGUCCCUCUGUUACGGAAGGGCAUCACCUGGUACACGGACAAAAAUGUCAAGUACCGCAACCCAAAGAAUGACAACAUGACCCUGGCUCAAGUAUUUGAAGGCACAGCACAGCCUCUGUACUGGCAAAAGCCUGUGUACGAGCUUGAUCCCCUCGACCCGACCAACAACGGCUUCAUCAAUGAUGACCUGAUCGUGUGGAUGAGAGAGGCAGCCUUCCCCAACUUCAAGAAGCUCUAUGGGGUUUUAUACAGAGCCAGCCAGCCCUUUACUAAGGGUCUGCCAGCAGGGAAUUACACCAUCAACAUAUCCUACAACUUCCCUGUGCAGUACUUCCAAGGCAGAAAGGAAGUGGUGCUGACCACACUGACCUGGUUUGGAGGUCAGAACCAUUUCCUGCCCGUUGCUUACCUCGUAACCAGCUGCCUGAUCCUAUUGAUAGCCAUCCUUCUCACUGUGGCAUGGUGGAAGUUUGGGAAAAAUGGAAAAAGAAUGGAAGAAUGAAGGGGUUAGACGUGCACUGGGAGGCUGAGGAGUGAAAAUCUCGCAAGCACCUGAAAAUAAUUGUUGUGCUACUUUGGAGAAGAACAUUGGUACAAGCACAUGAAGGAGAAUGGUUAAAGCAAAUUCAUGUGUUGGAGAACCAAUGAAGAAUUAAGUUUGACAUAAGGAAAAUGACUCCCUAUCAUUUAAAAAUGUUUGUUUUGUGAUGUUGCUCUGAAGAACACACUGGAAGCUAGGGGUGUUAGCACAGGCUUCAAGUUUUCUUUGAUCAUUUUAUUGAACCUUUGCAUUCUUUAAAUAGAUAUCAUGCACUGUAAUUAUUUUAACAUAAUUAUUACAUUAAGAAUGAACUAAAAUGCAGUCACUGUGGUGUUAAGGCUGUAUUUCCUGUUUCAAUGAAUGCUAAGUGGAAAAACGAAACUUUUUAUAAAAAAUAAACUACAGAACACCAACUGUCAGACGGACCCUGUAAUUCUGAUUCUUAAGCCAAGUUGUAAUUUGUGGAUAGGGGUUGUUAUUACAGACAAUGGCAAGCCAGUGCCAAAAAUGAUUGUUUAAUAGCAUAAGAGUCUACAGCCAUGCUAGCAGCUCUGUGCUAACAUCUGUAUGCUUACAUGCCUGUAAUAUUUUGUUAUGACAACAGCUGAAGAUAGUAAUAAAACAUUUCCUUUUUAAAAA